AUGUUCCAGUAUGGCCGGCAUGGUUAUAGUUUUGGCCGGCCUGCUUAUAGUUUAAUUGAUGGACACUGCACAAUAGAUUAUAAUUCAUUGCUCUCAUCGUUAGCAUCUUCAUCAACAGCAACAUAUGAAUGUGAUGAGGAUGUUGAGAUGAAUUACCCAAUUAUUGGUGUAGGUCAUCAUGUUGAGAUCCUGGGAUCUUGUAACGGCUUGGUUUGCGUACACAUUAAUUCCUUUAGUGGUGAUGCUGAGGAUGCAAUUAGUCUUUGGAAUCCAUCUACUAACGAGUACAAGGUAUUACCUGCAUCACCAAACAAUUUUCCAAGUAAUGACACCGGUUUAUAUGUGUUUUGCUAUGACGACAAGACCGAUGAUUACAAGGUUGUAAGAGUCGUGGAUCAUUUUCCAAAUUAUGAUUAUGGUGCAUCUGACGUCGAAGUUUAUACAUUACAAUCAAACUCCUGGAGAGAUAUCGAUAGUGUAUCUUAUUCUUUUCCUACUGAUAAAACACCUGGGGUAAUUGUAAAUGGAGCUCUUCACCGGUUAGGAGUUAAAGUUGAAGGCCAGGAGGUGAUAGUAUCUUUCGAUAUUGGUAGUGAGACAUUCAAAGACUUGGCAGUAAUAGAAGGGCCUCUGUUACAUCUUCCUGACGGUGAUACUGACGUUGAUGCAACUCAAGAAAAUAAUAGCUUGGGAGUAUUAGGAGGGUGCCUUUGUUUACUGUUUAAAUUAUAUGAUAUUCGGCUGGAUGUAUGGAUUAUGCAGACAUAUGGAGUCAAAGAAUCUUGGACUAAACGUUUCAGCAUUACUCAGGAGAACAUUGCCAACAACCCUGGCUUGACGCUAAUGUGGGACUUCAAUAACGGAGAGAUUCCAUUGAAAGGCGAUUACUUUUUGGUUUAUUCUGACUCGAAUCGUAAAACAAAUAAAAAAUUUAUGGUUCGUAGAUCUGAAAGGAUUGUAGGAGCGGAGAAUUUUGUGCCCAGCCUAGUUUAA